GGACAUCUCUCACUUUGGUUCCUCUCAUUCCGCCAAUCAGGUGUCACCUCUUAGUUUCCUGUCAAAGCAUUCUGCAAAAAUUUGAGCAAGAGAAGGACUGAGCAAAAGAGAAGGUUCUGACAGCUGAGAUCUUCAAUCAUUUCCUGAAUUCUCUUGAACCACUUAAUACAAAAUGUCAGAGACAGAGGCAGUCACAUCCCAAGAGGGCGAGUGUGAAAAUGAGUCUGAAAUUAAAUUGAACUACAAGCCUCCUGCCCAGAAGUCCCUGCAGGAGAUUCAGGAGCUUGACAAAGAUGAUGAGAGUCUCGCCAAGUAUAAGAAAUCCCUGCUUGGAGAAGGCCCAGUUGUUCACGAUCCAAAUGUUCCAAAUGUUCAAGUAACAAGAUUAACAUUGGUGUGCAGUGCUGCCCCAGGACCAAUAACCAUGGACCUUACUGGUGACCUGGAGGCUCUGAAGAAAGAAACAUUCGUGCUGAUGGAAGGAGUGGAGUAUCGAGUUAAAAUCCACUUUAAGGUUAACAAGGACAUUGUGUCAGGCCUCAAAUACGAGCAUCAUACCUACCGGAAAGGCCUGCGGAUGGACAAAGCCACUUUCAUGGUGGGGAGUUAUGGCCCACGGCCUGAAGAAUAUGAAUAUAUGACCCCAGUAGAGGAGGCGCCAAAGGGCCUGAUUUCUCGGGGCUCAUAUACUAUCAAGUCUCAGUUUACUGAUGAUGACAAGAAUGACCAUCUGAGCUGGGAGUGGCACUUAUCCAUCAAGAAAGAAUGGACCGACUAGAGCGAGCAAUGCACUCAUGGUGUAUGUAUAUAAUGAAGUGAUGUGCCUCCACCACCACCUGAAGUUCUUUGUGGGUCUUUCAGAGGAGAGGAGUGGAGUGAGACAGAGGUGGGGAUUACUUCAGAUCUGUAGUUCUGAAAACAUGCUGGAAACAAAUCAAGACUGGCAGUGUCAUUUUUACGAGAUAUAUCCCAUAUUUUUUUCAGAUUUUCAUUUCAGUUUUCUAUAUCCUGAAAAUGAAAGUGUUAUAAAUUGUCAAUAAAGUCAAGCUUCUUUUGCAGAAAA